AUGGAGAUCUCCACUGUCUUCCCUUCUUCAUGGCUUCUUGCAACACUACUGGUUCUCUCCAUCUUUCUAUUAUUAUAUACUCUAAAAUCCAAAAGCUCAUUCGUGUCUGCCCCCUAUAAGCUUCCCCCAAACCCUCCAAAACUUCCCAUAAUCGGGAACUUGCACCACCUACUAGGUAAAUCUCGUCAUCAAGCCCUCUGGCAACUUUCCCAUGAAUACGGACCAGUUAUGUUGUUCUAUAUUGGUUCUAAACCAUUUCUUGUCAUCUCUUCUACUGCCAUGGCCAAACAAGUCCUCAAAACUCAAGAUCACAUAUGUUGUUCCCGUACAGUCUUCCAAGCCACCAAGCGACUAACCUACAACUGUUUGGACAUMGCUUUCUCCCCAUAUAGCAAUCACUGGAAGGAGAUGCGCAAGAUUUUGGCAUCCGAGUUCUUGGGUUCCAAAAGAGCUAAAUUGUUUAACCAUGUUCUGGUGACAGAGAUUGAGACCAUGCUUCAUUCUCUGUCAUCAAACACUGAGGUAAACCUCAGCAAGGUUCUKUUUGAAGUUGUAAAAGGUGUGAUCUGUAAGAUGGCAUUUGGUAACGACUAUAAAGAACAACCACUUAAGGGUCCGUCACUGGAASUGAUGCUUGAAGAAACCAUGUAUACAUUUAAUGGAUCACUUGGGGAUAGUUUUCCAUGGUUAGGCAAAAUCAUUGACCAAUUUAGCGGAUUCAAUGGUAGGCUUGAAAAUUGCUUUAGCAAUUUGAAUGCCUACAUCGAGGCGAUMAUCGAUGAACAUGAGAAUCAUGCAAUAGCAGAAAUAAGUGACGAUGACAAGGAUUUUGUCCAUACGAUACUGGAGUUAUCUUCGGAAGCAAAUGCUUCCGAGUAUCAGUUGACUAAACAAGACAUGAAGGCCCUUGUGAUGGACGUAUUGACCGGGGGAAUCGAUACAACUGUGGUGACAUUGGUGUGGGCAAUGUCCGAGAUCGCUGCAAGUGGUAGAGUGAUGCAAAAGUUGCAAAACGAAAUCCGAAACWGUACAGGAAGAAUACAGAAAGUGAAGGAACUGGAUAUCACAAAAAUGAGAUACUUGAAAAUGGUGGUGAAAGAGACACUAAGAUUGCACCCGCCUGCCCCAUUGUUGGUCCCACAUGAAAGCAUAAGCCACUGUCAAAUUGGGGGCUAUGACGUGCUUCCCAAGACGACUGUUUUAAUCAAUGGGUGGGGGAUGGGAAGAGAUCCAAGGACGUGGGGGGAGAAUGCUGGUGAGUUCUAUCCAGAGAGGUUUGAGAAUGUUGAGGUCGAAUAUGGAGGGGAAAACUUUGAGAUGAUCCCAUUUGGAGGGGGRCGAAGAUCCUGCCCUGCAAUCAACAGAGCUCYUGCAACUCUAGAGAUGGUGAUAGCAAACCUUCUUUAUUGGUUUGAUUGGAAAGUUGGUGAUAAUCAAUCUUUGAACAUGGAAGAGGAGGGUUCCCUGGUUGCCCGAAAGAAACAUCCCCUUCGCCUUGUUGGGCACAAUCAGAAGUUAAAGGGAAAGGAAAAAUUGUGA